GGAAAUGUGGUUUCAUUUCAAGAACAGAACAGAACAGAAGAAGAAGAGAGAGAGAGAGAGAGAGAGAAUCGAAUAUGGGAUGCGAUGCUUUUCCACGCGCGAAACCGAUGGAAUGGAAUUGGAAAACUGACGAUUCUGAGUGAAUUUAGUGCGCAACAGUCGCUAAACGCUACCCUUGUCCAGAUUCAUUCAUUUCUUCUUCUUCGUCUUCUCAAUUGCCCCCUCUAUCAAUCUUCUCUCUUCUGAGUGUUCUUUCUUUUUUCUCUUCUGGGUGUUGCUUUUCUCAUCUGGGAAUUGUAUUUUCUUAUUCGGAUACAGAAGAUCAAUACACUCAAAUGUCUGCUGUGGGAAAUGGAAACAAUAUUUUCUGGCACAAUUGUCCUGUCGGAAAGCCUGAAAGGGAGAAGCUUCUAAACCAAAAAGGCUGUGUUGUAUGGAUCACAGGCCUCAGUGGGUCAGGGAAAAGCACUGUAGCUUGCUCAUUGAGUAGAGAGCUUUAUGCGCUAGGGAAAAUUUCUUAUGUCCUAGAUGGAGACAAUCUUCGGCAUGGAUUAAACAAGGAUCUUGGUUUUAAAGCUGAAGAUCGUGCUGAAAAUAUCCGCAGAGUUGGGGAAGUAGCCAAACUUUUUGCUGAUGCUGGUUUAAUAUGCAUUGCUAGUUUGAUAUCUCCAUAUAGAAGAGAUCGGGAUUUCUGUCGUGAAUUAUUGCCCGAGGCAAACUUUAUUGAGGUCUUCAUGAACAUGCCUCUAGAAUUAUGUGAGGCAAGAGAUGCAAAGGGCCUUUACAAACUUGCCCGAGACGGGAAGAUCAAAGGUUUUACAGGGAUCGACGACCCCUACGAACCGCCUCUGAACUGCGAGAUUGAACUAAGGCAGAAUGAUGGAGUUUGCCCAACCCCAUGUGAUAUGGCAAAGCAGAUAGUGACUUUCUUGGAGGAGAAAGGAUUUCUUCAAGCUUAGUGACAACCUCUGCUUGCAGAAUAUCUCAAACCGUUCCCUCAACCACCCCAUUGGCUUCAUCAAACAAUUCGAUCUCUGAUGGCAAAUGUUUUAAAGAAUAGACUGAUAGGUAAUCAGUACAUAAUAUACGAUGAGGUUCCUAGAACAAGGAAUACAAAAAUGUAAUUUUUAGAUUUUUUAAAAAAAUGUAAAUCUGGUAUCUCUGCAAAGAAGUAUUAUAAUAGAGAGAGAGAAUCUUGAUUUUGUGAAA